AUGGAUAAGAGAACAGCGGAGAGUCCAAUGGACUUUGAGUGGCAGUCCAGGGCCCCUGGAGAUGUCACGUCGCCAUUUUACCAGCUCAGCAUGCAACACGACAACCAGAAGAAGCGAUCCCACAAUGCGUUCGACUCCCCGGAAAAGAAGCCCAUCCCUGCCCUCCGCGAGCCCAACUCGCAACCAUUCCUCUUCUCCCAGACGAAACCCGCAGCCACAUCAAAAUCGCCCUUUGCUCAGCCCGCCUUCAUGACACCCCGCAAAUUCGAUCUGGAUUUUUCCUCAGGAGCCGAGAACAUGUCGUCUCCAGAGAAUGCCGAUAAUGACGAAACACCAGAGCAGUCUGCAAAGGCAGGUCAUCGAAAUUCGUUAUUUGGGAUGUACGGACGGUUUGCACCAAGCCCCGGCCGAGGCGAAAUCCCACGGGUGAAUCACUACUCCAAUGCAGCCGCGAGACGAGUUCAGAAGAGAAGACUACGGAAUAGGACGCUAGAUAUGCGACUCCGAAAGGAGGAUAGUGAUGACGAGAGCGAUCGGCCGAGCAGCAGUGAAGGUCAGCAGGGCGUCACGCAGAAGGGUCAGAACCCUGCGGACCAGCCUUCGCGAAUUUCCACCUUUUCCGACUUCUUUGCGUUGCUGGAGGCGCAUCCGAAUGUUCCAAAUAUCCUGUCCUGGUGGGCACAGCUCGUUGUCAACCUUUCGUUGUUUUCACUUGCGGUGUACGUCGUGUUCGGGUUUGUGUCGGCCAUUCGCGCGGAGUUUGACCAAGCUGCCGAGGAAGUGUCCGAUACGAUCCUGGCUGAGAUGGCAGUUUGCGCGAAGAGCUAUGUUGAUAAUCGGUGUGCCGGCGGAGAUCGACUGCCGGCCUUGGAAACUGUCUGUGAAAAUUGGGAGCGAUGCAUGAACCGUGACCCUGCCAAGGUUGGAAGAGCCAAGGUGUCGGCACAGACCAUGGCGAUUAUCAUCAACAGCUUCAUCGAUCCGAUCAGCUGGAAGGCGAUUUUGUUUUUCCUUGUCACCAUAUCCACAGUCACUGUGGUCAGCAACUGGUCGUUCCGUUCAUUCAGAAAUCGCUACAACCAACAUGACUACACUCAUCCGCCUCCUACGUAUUCUCGACAGUCAUCUGCUCAGCACCAGAUGCCUCCACAACUGCCCGGACAGCAUUCUGCAUUCGGAUAUCUGGGAACACAGCACCAGAACGAUGCCGGAUUCCAAAAGCAAGACAUGCCGCUAAUGCUCGAGCACCAGAAGACCAUGAACUUCACAGAACGCAGUCGAGAGCGGUCUAGAAAUCCGCGCACCCCGAGCCCUGUGAAACGGGGCAGGAAACUACUUUAA